ACCUGUGGAGUGCCGCUGUCUUGCCUGUGGAGCUCUCACAGUGAGUGUAGUUUGUAUCAGUGUGGUGAUACUGUGAGAUACUGUAUACAGUACAUAGGCUGAUACACUCGGUGCUGGAAGAUGGGCCGUGGAAAUCUCACAUCUGCGUGAAGGAAGGAAAGCAGGACAGCACGCGCUUUAUAUCCACUUUGACUGUGUGGACGUGGAUUAGAGUCAGUCUGUCUCGUGCUCAUCUGGACCAUGAUCUGGACACAAAGCGACACUAAGCGAAUGCGGAUUUUACUUUCAUCUCCGGCUUCAGAUGUGUGGGUAGAGGCAUCACCGGCUGCCGCACUGUGGGCUUAAAUCCCACUGAUAAAAAGGCCCACGCGUGGAAACCGACUGUCGGUGUCUUUUUUCGGGAGAAGAAGUGUUUUUAUUUUUGGAACUACAGCGAAGAGGAGACAACAUUUUGGGCGGCGAGAUGCACCAUUUGGUCUGAGGAGGUCUGAGGAGGACUGAGGAGGACCGAGCUCCAACAUGGGAGAAUGAAUCAGGGUCUCGCGGCCGUGAUGAUGAUGAUGAUGAUGAUGAUGAUGAUGAUGACAGCGCCUUGUUGUGUUGAGCGGGGAGUCUCUGCAGCCACGAUAUCAUGCUAAGUGUGAGCUCAGUUACAAGCAUGCCUCUCCACCCUGGGGAAGAAUGGUUCUCUCCUCUCCUGCUUCCCUCCCAGAGGCAGGGGACACUAACACCAGUCUCUGCUGCCUCGUUACGAAGCUGCUGAACCUUUCUGAGAGGCUGUCGAUGGAGAACAUCUCCAUGGCGAACGCUUCCCUGGGCUCCCGGUCGCCCCCGGAGCCGGUCACGCCGACAGCAGAGGCCCCGGAGAGCCUGCAGGGCGUCAGCCUACCUCUGCAGGUCUUCUUCUGCUUCAUCAUGGUCGCCAUCCUGCUUCUGGCUCUGCUGGGAAACGUGGUGGUGUGCCUGAUGGUGUACCAGAGGUCUGCCAUGCGCUCGGCCAUCAACAUCCUGUUGGCGAGCUUGGCGUUUGCGGACAUGAUGCUGGCCAUCCUGAACAUGCCUUUCGCUCUGGUGACCGUGGUGACCACUCGGUGGAUUUUCGGAGACGUUUUCUGUCGAGUCUCGGCCAUGCUCUUUUGGUUCUUUGUGAUGGAGGGCGUGGCCAUACUGCUUAUAAUAAGCAUAGACCGUUUUCUUAUCAUUGUCCAGAAACAAGAUAAGUUGAGUCCACAGAGAGCCAAAGUGCUCAUCGUGGUCACGUGGGGACUUUCUUUUGUUUUCUCUUUCCCGCUGGCUGUUGGUUCCCCUCCUCUUCAGACCCCGCCCAGAGCCCCUCAGUGUGUGUUUGGCUACAGCGUCGAGCCCGGUUACCACGCCUACGUAUUGAUACUAAUGCUAGUCUUCUUUUUCAUACCUUUCAUGGUCAUGCUGUACACAUUCAUGGGGAUCCUCAACACCAUCCGCCACAACGCCAUCCGCAUCCACAGCCACCCGGACAGCAUCUGUCUGAGCCAGGCCAGCAAACUGGGCCUGCUGAGUCUGCAGAGGCCCUUCCAAAUGAACAUAGACAUGAGCUUCAAGACGCGUGCCUUCACCACCAUCCUCAUCCUCUUCUCUGUGUUUACAGUGUGCUGGGCACCUUUCACCGCUUACAGUCUGGUGACCACCUUCAGCGACGGCUUCUACCACAAAGACAGCUUUUUUCAAAUCAGCACGUGGGUCCUGUGGUUGUGCUACCUCAAGUCGGCCCUCAACCCUCUCAUUUACUACUGGCGGAUCAAGAAGUUCCGCGACGCCUGCCUUGAUCUGAUGCCCAAGUACUUCAAGUUUCUUCCUCAGCUGCCGGGCAACACCAAGAGGCGCAUUCAGCCGAGCGCCGUGUACGUGUGCGGAGAGCAUCGCUCUGUGGUAUAAAGGAAAAAUCCACCCUGGAAACACUUCAGCACUGUUACAAACACAUCCUCACAUUCUGUACUUUGCAGUUCUGGGUCUGUUUUGUUGUUUACUUUUCUUAGCUGAUAAAAAAAAACAGCACCGUAUUAGAGGCUGGGGGUUGUGUUGGUGGAGAUGUGUUGCUUCGGGGACCAGCGAGAAAAUUAAACACAGUCCUGAAGUCUGGUCAGAAACAGAGACUUAAUACCUGCGUACUGUCGCUACAAAUAUAAUCAGACAGGGUUUUAACUCUCUGAAAUGGAGCUGGUACUCUUUGAUUUUUUUUCAUCCUUAGAUCCAAUAUCACACUCAAGUUAGAGAGCAGAACAAUACCUGUCCAACGCCUUACUGAGGGAUUACAAAAACAGGAUGUACACUCUGUACAGUCUUCAAAAGUGACAGCUGCACUAGAGCUCUGGUUACCGUCAUUUGGCAGAUGAAUCAAUCUUUAGUUGUAUCACGCCAAAUCACAACAAACGUUAUCUGAAGACACUUUUACAAACAUAGCAGGUCUAGACCAUACUGUAUGUAAAACUAUUAAUGGAGACCCCCAUGAUAGUUAUGAGACAAGUGGUAGUAGUAGUAGUAGUAGCUGUAGCUGCUGGAGUCCAGUUCGUCUGUAUCAGCUGGAGACUGGAACGUCCACAGCAGGAGGCCGUCUACGGCAGCAACUCAGAGGAAAGGUCUGUGGUUAGAAACAGGUGAAAAAAGGAUUCAACCCUCAGAAACUCUGGAAACACGCUGCUAAAAACUCGAAUCUUACUGAGCAUAUUUAUCUCACAAUAUCUCAUUACACUUUAUGUUUUGCACAUUCCCCCUUUAUAACACUUUAACUACACAUCCCCCCCUAUAUUAGUAUUAUUUCAAGAUAUUACAAACCAACAAUGAGGAAAUAAUUGAUUGUUAUGAGAAAAAUGGCGACAAGUGUGAUGAUAUUUAUUCAAAGAAACGUAUCAAAAAGACUCUGCUUGUUGAAUGUGCAGCCAUUUUUACUUCUUACAAUCAAUGAAGUCCUGAUGUUAGGCCUGUAGUAUCUUCAAACUAGAUUUAUGUCUGGACUUAUGUUUAAUGUGAUGAGAUAUUUCGGUGACAAAUUAGACAAAUACACUCGGUAAGAUUUUGGUUUUUUGCAGUGCAGCUAGUUAGCCAUGAUAAUGUUCUGACAUAUUUUACUCUGAUAUUUUGUGGUGCUGUUUGUUCCAAGAAGACGUGAACAGCAGUGAAAAUUUGACAUCAUUUUCUGUUUUUUUCACAGAUUCUCUAAUGGUGCAUAAAUACAUGUUGAGCUUUAAUACCCAGCUUGAGUCUUUGCACAACAAACACAUCACAACAGUGAACUUUGUUUGUUGCAUCUCUUUAAUAAAAAGUAGGAAUACUCUUUCCUCAUUGCAGAGUUUGGUUCAGAGUUUGGCUGACAUGGACUCUUAAGAGGUCAACAGAUCUUAAAGUUAUUAAAGGAAGCUGGACUUAUGUGCUGCAGGAUGUUUCUGGCUUUCUGCCUCCAAUAUGAAGCCUGGUUUAUACUUCUGCGUUGACCCUACACAAUCUGUAGGGUCAAUCUGUCCGUGUCGUGCAGUAACACUGCCGAAACAAUGAAGGGAAGUGUGGUCUCUCUGAUCAGGUUACCUGUUUCCGGCCAAGCGGACCAAUCACAGGGCUUGCGGUCCCCGUCAAUUCGAUGUGUAGUUACAUAUUGGAGAAGACGUAGGCCUCUGAGUAGGUACGGGAGCUACGCAGACCUACGCCCGUAGGCUUCGCCUUCAAUCUAACGCAGAUGCAUAAAUCAGGCUUUUGAAUUGAGCUGUGGUGUGGUUCUUUAUUUUCUACAACAAUCAGGGUAAACAACCAGUGAAGGAUGCUUUAGGAUCAACUCAUGCAGCAGAUGUUUGUUUGGCUAAUUUGUCUCGGUUGUACAUUUUGAUGCAAAUUUUGCACCCGUUUUCGUGUCUUGAUGCCUUAAUGUGCGUUCAGACCAAGCAGCAACCUCUGGUGUUUGAAAGUGAAGUGCAAGAAAACUGCAGUUUGUGGGACACUAAGACAACGCCUGUGUUGUCUACAGACUAAUUAAGACAAAUGGGGAAGUGAGACAACAUGCAGAUGGAAACAGACGUGUCAGUGUUGAGAUUAUCUUCAAGUUUAGUCAGCAUCAGACAUGAUCGAUCCAAACUUCAUUAAAAGAAAGUUUCGGACUCAGAUAUACAACGGUUAACUUGACUUGGAAUAAGUUGAGGCUUGUGUUAAACCAAUGCAACAAAUGAUUUCAAGUAAGAGCAGACAAAAAGCUCCUCGUGGUUCGACUUAAGUUUAGGAGUCUGUGAAGGUUCUUUCAUUCAGCUCAUCGUCUUUAAGUACCUACUGCAGCACUCGCUGUUAAAACUGUCAGAACAAUGAGAGGUUCGUGUGUUUUGGAUUGGUUCGCUUUAAUAACCAAGAGGAGGCUGACCUUCAUCUCCGCCAACAGCAGCUUCAGUAAUAGAGCUGAAUGUUGAAAUGUUGAUUGAUAAUGUAUCGAUACUGACAUUCCUACGUGUGGCAUGUUGGCCAAACACAAACGACAGAGCAGAGUUUGUGUCUAAAUACAGUCAGGUAUUGGCUUCCUUCUUGGUGAACAAUCUUUGCAGACGAACAGAAUAGUUCUUUCUUCCUGUGUCCAGAUAUUUGAAGCAAGAUUUUGAUCUUUAACUCUUGUUUCAACAGACACGGCAGUAAAAAAAAAAAAGGUGUUUGAUUUUCACACCCAGCUGUCCUCAGUAGACUAGAAUGCAGUGCAACAACAAAGCAUUUCCUGCUAAGAACACAACCCUGGAUAAACUCUCUCUUUUGUGCUUUAUCUUACUGUAGCCAUGGCGCUGUCUCCAUCAGCUCAACAAACACACACACACACACACACACAAACUCCUCCUCAGAGUGAUACAAUGUCAUUCUGGGUAAUGAAGGAGAAACCUUAAGGUGAAGUAGUCUACUGAAGGAAACCAUAAAAGAAAAUUAAAACACUUCAUAACUCCUGGAACGUACUGAAUGGCACACAGUGUGUGAGAAUAUAAACGGGUGAAUUUUUCCUUUAACCCUGAGCUGAAGAAGACGGGAGCAGCUGGGUGUUUUGGUUUCAUAGAUUUUGUUUAUGGAGGCAUGUAAAAUAAAGCUUUGAAUGUGGUCCGAAAAGAGGCCACGACACAUUUGGACGUGUGUAUUUCUAUUUAAAUGUUUUUGGAUGUGCCUAUUGAUUAGUCCAUUUGCCAGUCAGAAUGCUGCUAUAUCUGGUGAAAAUGUGCAAUUUCAGUGUACUGUACUGUUGAAUGUAAUAAAGAAAUACACAUUUCUUACCUUGGUAAA